AUGGGGUGUGGGAUGGAGAUCUGGAUACUUCACAAGUGUUUAAUAUGGAUGAAACACCUCAAUUUAUCGGUUAUGGGCAAGAUGGGACUCAUGCAUCCUACACUUGUGUACUCUGAAAAAGGCCAGGACUGCAAAGGAUUGCAGUAUGAAAACCGAGAAUGUAUUACAAUUGAUCCCAUUGUUUCGUUUUCUGGUGAUGUUGUGCAGUGUCAUGUUAUAUUUCCUGCCAAGUAUAUAACAAGUCACAUGGCACCACGUCAAGCAGUUGAAAAGAUUCCAAACUUACUGAUAUCCACCACCGAUAGUGGGUAUCAAGAAGGUUGUACCCUGCUGGAUUCUAUGAAGUCAUUUGAUAAUUACUUGCUAAAUAAUAAUGUGCAACGGCCAGUAAUAAUGAUGUGUGAUGGGCACAGCAGUCGAUUUGACCUGGAUGUUCUUAGAUUUUGUCACAAUAAGCAGAUACACUUGUUCCUAACUCCACCAGAUACCACCUCUGUUACUCAACUACUAGAUCAGAUAAACAAUGCACUUCACUCGUCAUACAGAAAGGAAAAAUCUGACCACUUUGAACCAGAUGAAAGUAUUAAUAAAGAAGGAUUUAUGAUAAUACUAUCAAACAUCUGGACAAAAUGGACAGAUCAAAGUUCCAUUAUAAAAGCUGGGAAGAGAGUUGGUGUAACAAAUGAAGGGAUUUCUGUUGAUUUCAUGCAAAAAGAUAGAUUUGCAAUGACAGCUGCUCUUGAUCAAGGAUGUAAAACACCUGAAGCAACCCAACCUCCAUGGAAAGUGGCCUCACCCAUUGGUGUACGAUCUGGUUCGAGAGAGUAUUACAAGGCAAAGGUUAAUUUGCUUGAAUCCAGACUCAAGGAGGUUUCCCAGAUUACCCUGUCUCCUGAAGAGAUCGAAGGGCUUAUUCCAGCAAAGAAAUUCAAGAAGGCAGCCUCAAAAAGUCUCCAUGUUACCCAAGUCCAUGGUUCCCUGGAAGGCAAAAUGAUUAUUGAAAAGGUCGAGGCAUUAGAGGCAGCAAAAAUGCAGAAAGAACUGCAACGUAAGAGAAACAGGACUUAA